AUGUGGCCAGGCCUGUUCACGCUCUUCCUGCUUCACUCCUGCCUCCAUGGAGGACAGGGCGACCUCCGUGAGGACCUGACCUUGCUGAAGACCGAGCUCGCGCUUCGCCUCUACAAGGACACGGCAGCCCCUAGAAAUGGAACCAACGUCGUCAUCUCUCCUGCUGGCGUGUCGCUCCCUCUGGAGAUCCUGCAGUUUGGAGCCCAAGGGGACACUGGCCGGCAGCUGUCACGGGCGCUGGGUUAUGCUGUCCACGACCAAAGGGUGAAAGAGUUCUUGCGCACUGUUUAUGCCACACUACCCAACUCCGGUCAAGGCACCAAGAUGGAGCUGGCCUGCACCCUUUUUGUGCAAGCAGGGACAUCACUCUCCCCCUGCUUUGUGGACCACAUCUCCCGGUGGGCCAACAGCAGCGUAGAGCCAGCCCACCUCAAUGAACCGAACGGCACCGGCAGCCAGGCCAAUGAAUGGACCUCCAGGAAGAUCAAAGGUGACGACACAGGUGGCCCUACGUGGGAGCACGGCAGCAGCGGCGGCAGGGCAUUUGCUCAGUUGGCACUAGUGAGCACCAUGUCCUUCCAAAGCACUUGGCGGCAGAGGUUCUCCUCCACGGACACUCAGCUCCUGCCUUUCACCGGCACCCAGGGCCUCGUCCUCCAGGUCCCCAUGAUGUACCAAAUGGCUGAGGUCAACUACGGCCAGUUCCAGGACCGUGCAGGCCAUCAGGUGAGGGUGCUAGAGUUGCCUUACCUGGGAAGUUCAGUGAGUCUGCUCCUGGUUCUGCCACAUGACAAAGACACCCCACUGAGCCUCAUUGAGCCACACCUCACAGCCAGCAUUCUCCACAUCUGGACCUCCAGCCUCAGGAGAGCCAGAAUGGACGUGUUCCUGCCCAGAUUCAGGAUCCAAAAUCAUUUCAAUUUAAAAAGCAUUUUAAAUUCUUGGGGAGUCACCGAUCUUUUUGAUCCACUCAAAGCUAACUUGAAAGGAAUUUCAGGCCAAGAUGGCUUUUAUGUUUCUGAAGCAAUCCACAAAGCCAAGAUUGAGGUUUCAGAGGAAGGCACCAAGGCAUCUACAGCCACAGCUCUGUUGUUACUGAAAAGGUCUCGGAUUCCUUUUUUUAAAGCAGAUCGGCCAUUCUUCUUUUUCCUGAGAGAACCUGACACAGGUAGGACAGUAUUUUUUUGAUAGAAUUCAGAUAAAUAUGUAUCAGCAUCUCUCUAGCAACAAGCAUCCACUGCGGCCUAGAACAAGCAUUCCUUCUAGCCUAGUUUCUAUGGCUUCAGAAGCUUCCCAGUUUCUUGUCGCGUAUCCUGAGAAAGGGGAGUAUUCCAUAACUACAAAGGAAACUAAUAUCCUCCAUGUUGUUUUUGACUUCUCCUUCAGCUCAUUUUUAGUUGAUGUGGAUUUUUAAAAAUUCAGGCUUCUACUUCUGGGGAGACUUAGAAAGAUCAUGAAAGUAAAAUAAAUGAUACAUCUUGAUUUUCCCCCAGUUGUUGCCUUGCUUUCUCAUCACUGUAGGACAAAAUAUAGUUCCCUCAGGGCGCUAGCAUAUCCAAGUAGUCUUCUGACUCAGCAAACCCCGUAUUCUAGUGAAUGCACCUGGAUUUCUAGUUUUUCUCUUGAUCUUUCUCACGCUUGCUGAAAUGCCACAAAAAUCAAGUGUUUGCCCUAGUACUUCUGAGACCCACUAUACAAUCUCAUCAGAAUCCAAAGAUUAGGUAUGGUACAGGCAAAGCCUGAGCACAUCAGGACAAGCAGGGGUCCUUUCAGCUUCAACAAUGAACAAAGUACUCAAAUUAUUCCUCUCAAUGUUCCCCCUCCCCCCUGACAAUUAUUUAUCAGCCUGGGAAGGAAAAGAGAUUCUCAGUAAAGAGUUGUUGGCAAGUCGAAACAAUGUGUUAAAAAGAAAUAGGAUGGAACAAGACUAACAAAAUCAAGCAAAAGUGGAUCUACUUUAACUAAACAUCAGGCAUUAUUUUUAUUUAUGGAGAGAAAAAAAGUCAAAAGUUAGAAUAAUGAGAAUUACGCAUAGGUUUUACACAAAUUGUUAAGGAAAUACUGUCAACAUCAUUUUAUCUGAGAAUCAUUUGCAUACUGCUGUAACUUGUGCUAGAAAUCAAAGGAACACUUUUGUGACAAAAAGAAUGAAGAUAAUCAUUCACUAGGAAAUAAUCUAUUUUGGGAUUAUUUGGGGAGAAAAAGUCCAUCAACAGAAUAUAUCCUCCUAGGAUUUCACCGUGAUCAUUCCAACCCCAUGUUUAUUAGAUGAAAUUGUCACUUAUCACUCAGAACAGGCAACAGAGAGCCCUCUCUUGGAAAGGAUACAUUUAAAAAAAAUGAAAGAUGAAAAAACGACAGGUUCUACUUCCUCAAGAAACAGAGACAGGACUAAACGUGAACAGAAAGGUCAUUGUCAAAAGCUGAUAGCCAAUAAAAGUUGAUGACAGUUAAAAGAGAACGAUUUCUCUUUUGGAAUUCAACUGCAUAAAAAUGAUGUAAAACCUUUGAACUAGUAAAGGACACACCACUAUUUCAAUGAUCGGAGUUUUCACAACUGCCUCAAUAAACAAUGAAAAUAAAAGGCUAAUCCAAAACCAGUUCCAUAAUCCGCCAGCACAUCUAAAUACAGUCCUUGUGAGUUUACUCUUUCUGGGAGGUAUUUGCCCACAUGAUUCAAGGCGGCUACUCUUCUGGUGAGAGUGGUAUUAAAGAGAUAGAAAUCAGUCUCAGCCUUCAUUACACCAAACUGACAAAUCUUACUGUUUAGGGCAAAUAAUGAAUUCAUUGACAAAUGGGGCACAUAUGGAAACAUUAAGAAAAACGAUCUUAAAUCUCAAGAUUACACUGUUGGAGAAUAUCACUUGUCCAGCCUAAAGCCACCCAGUGAUCUAAAGGGCCUAAGAGGCAUGAUAUUCCCCUGAAAUAUACUCCCUCCCUCCCCUUUGCUUACAAGAAUUCUAUAGUAUUUUACUAAUUUAACUAAUAUGCCCAGUUUCUUAAAAUGUAAAAAACCUGCAAGAUGGGAUAUUAAGCUUGAGUUUCGACUGGUUUCAAACCUCGUGACUAGGUUUUGGAUGAGGCAGGCCACAGAGUAUGAUGGCAGAGAGAUUACGGCCAGAAAGAGGAGACUGAACAAACGGUUUCUCUUCCCAACUCCUUCUAGGGUUCAUCCCAAAAAAUGUAAUAAAGGUAAAGGGUUUAAAGGAUCAUUACCUCAUCAGCAAUCUGUAAAGGGGAAAUAAGAACUUCCUGAUAAGGAAAGCUGCUAAACAUUGGAAAAGACUGAAUCCCUUUCUUAAAUAUUCUUGUUAAGUAUGAACUUUUAUCUGAAUGACUUGUAAUCCCUUCUAUUAAUCACAGAAUCAAAAUAUACAUAAAGACAAUUUAAGACCAGACAGUAUAUUCUGGAUUUUGUGUAGCUCUUGAAUUUAGCAGUGACUGCAGGUAAUUACUUAACAAUUCCAUCUAUUAAAUGAUAUCCUGCUUUAAAGGUAUUUGUGGAGGUAAAAAAGGUUUAAAGAAUUGCAUAUGAAAAUACUAUGUAACGUUACAUUAAAUGCCUCUUUUUCUCAACAGGAUUUGUCUUCAGCAUUGGGAGAGUUUCAAAUCCCCUAGACUAAAUUAAGAGAUCUCAAGCAUGUUCUCCACUUUCAUCUAUGCUUUUCUUCAUAAAAAGUUACAAUUGCAUUCUGCUAUACCCUUUAAAUUUUAAAAAGGUUCUGCUAAAGUGUAAAAAGAUAAGGGUAUGUGAUUUUCAAAUAUUACGAAACUAAAAGUUCAUCAAUUUUACUACAAUUUUAUAAAUUUAUUUUGCCCUCUUUUAAUCUAAAUGUAUUUUAACCUUCCUUUCUACCCAAAAGCACUACAAGGCACAGCAGUGAUCUAUGAAAGGUGAGUGAGUGAGUCUGGUCAUAGGGUCAUGUCCUCAGUGAAGACACGUGAGGUCAUGUUGGACUGAGAGUGGACAGUGAACAGUGUUGGUUUUUCCUUAUCCUGGGUAACUCAGGGGUAAUGCACAAUGAGCAAAGUCAUCUUAAAUGUUUGCUUUCCAUUUAGCCUCUAAACAAAAUGGAGUUUAUAUGUAUAAGGAUAGCAGAGGAGAACAAAGAGAUCCCCUUUGAACCCCCAAUUUGUUGUGGGACUUUUGUAAGCAUGGCAUCAAGCUGCUAAAGACUAGACAUUUCAGAGUAUGUGAUGCCCCCCAAACUUACAACUCCCUAACUAACAGCUUCAACUUAGUGCCAUCCACAAUCCUAGUGAGAAAGGAAAAAAGUGUUGGGAGUAAAGAAACCAGUAUUAAAGAUGGCUGCUUUUAAACAGCUUCUAAAGUGUCUGCCUAUUUGCCCCAGAUACCGUCAUUUCUAUUAUCUAGGCAGAAAUGGGAAUAUGUUGGUGUGGCCAACAAAAUCUAAGAACAUAGAGUAAAAAGACAAUGCAGGUUAUGUAACAGGUAAUUACAGUUAGCUUUAACAAAUAUGAACUUCAAGUGGUGUAUUUUUCCAAUGCUUAAAAAGCAAGGCCUUUAAAAUUCCAUUACCUUAAGAUGGUUUUAAAUGAUUACUUUAAAUGUGAUUAUUUCCUAAACCACACAAGAGUAAAAUAGAGCAUUUAUUGAUGGAAUAACAAAAGUGCUUUUCUUAAAUAUUCUUCAAAAUACAUUUGUACAACUUACAAUAAUAUAUCCAAAAUA